GGAGCAUUGGAUCAAUGUCACCAAGCGGAGUAAUGUCAUCGUUACUAUAUCGCUGAGUGAACUGCCAUGGACUACGAUGGGUGUAUCCUUGCGAGGUGGCGUCAGCGUAGACUUGAGUUCUUGUUGCUCCUCAUAACAGCGCUCCGUAUAGUUGCUUUUCAUUCGCUGAAAGAGCGUGUUGUGGUCUCUCUAUUGGCUGAAAACAGAUCUUCCAUAAUAGCGGUAAUAAAGACAGCGCAAGUCUCAUAUCGACAUGGGCAGGAAGAGCGCUUUGGCGGAGCUCCUAGCCGACCAUCGGCGCCAGGAGGCCACAGAGGAGGCAUCUGCCGGCACAUUUGACCACGCAGCACCUCCGCCAUCGUCUCCUCUUCCCGUUGCGACGUCUACGAGCUAUGAACGAGCAGCAGAAGCCGCGCAAGCUCAAGCGUUCCAACCUCGCUCAUCCUCAUCUCAUUCUAGAGGUCGUCACGAGCGAGAUGCCAAGUACCGGAUGGAACGAGUGUACGAAGAGGUGUCACGCAGGAAAUCUCAAGUGAUUGCAGGCCCUGUAGCGCCCCGUAGAUCCUCUGAGACCGACAGUAGUGCCACUCCUCCGUCCGAUGCACCGCUUCCGAAGGCUGCAGCAGAGAAUGAAGGACUUCGCUGUACUCACCAAGCGCCAACAGAGUCUGUACAGGUCGAUGAGAAACCAGAUCCCAUUCAUUUUCUUCUACCAAGACCUAAAGACAGGAAACGACCUCGAGGAGGCAAGAAACGGGUGGGUUUUGCCGCAUCGGAGUACGAAUCAUCUUCCAGUCACACCGCAGGUGAUGUACAAAUCGAUAUGCUCAGUACAGAGGACUAUAGACACACUGAAGAUCGAGAUGAGCGUCGACAGAGGAGAAGAGAACGACAAGAAAGACGGAGAAAACGACGAGAGAAGGCCAGUCGAAGAUCCAGCAGUGACAGUGAUAAAGGAGCAACACUCUUGGAUGUGGAUGAUGCUACGGUACAGUAUAUCGACGCAGUACUGGUUAAACCAGAUCCGCAGGUCUUCAACAAGUAUACGAGGUUUUUCUUGGACCCAAAGUUGGAGACUCUGUACCAAGAUUUCACAGCGAUCUACUGGUUCGGACGUGCUCGCUGGCAUGUGGCACUAUGGAUGGCUGUGCAUUUAUUUGUAAACCUCGUCUUCUACGCAAUGCCGAGCUCUGGUUUCACAGGUAUGGAGCAGUUCAUCCUCUCGUAUGAUUCGCUGCCGACGAUUUUCCAGUGGAUCUACAUCCCCAUUGCGCUACCGUUUGCUGCACUACCGAACAAGUACAAUCCGUUCCAGACACGGUGGCGCAGCUGGGUGUGUCUUAUUAUCAUCUUUUUUAACCUGACAUUCCAGGUAUGGCUGGCAGAUGCCAGUCGACUAGCCACUAACGCCUACAUUCUGGUCGUCGAUGACUAUAUAUCAUGUGAAGUAUCGAAUCCAGAUCUCGCGUCUACAUUCGCUGGAUUAAAUAGCAGCUCAAGUGGCAUCAGCACUGCUACGAUCAAUAACGCACUGGCCUAUCUGGACGACGAGCAGACGAAUCUGGCCAUCAGUGUGACCCACAUGUGCUCGGAUGCGCUAGUCCAAACACUCGUAGGCUUCGCGUCGCUGUUCAGUUUCCUGUUUGUGAUCUCUAUCCGUCUGGAAUUCGUUCAAGUCGUGGUUGUGGGAGUCACCGGCGCCGCCAUCUACGCCAUUGUGGUGAGUGCGUUCGGUCUUCAAUUACAGUGGCUCAUCACGUUCACUUACGGCAUGGCGGUCGUGUUGCUGCUCAUUUUAUCGUACUCAACGGAUCGCACUAACCGCAGGUCGUUCCUUUCCAACUUCUUGGUUGAAAAAGAGAACGAGAACCUCAAAUCGUCGCUCAAACAAGCCGAGGCGGCACUACAGAAUGACGCUGCCCAUGCAGAUGAAGAGCGUGCAGUGGCUCGUGUAUUGGCUGCACCGGAGAUGCGUCACCUCGAGAUGGUUCACAUCCCAUUCGCUGAUCUCACUUUCCUUCAAGCAAUCGGUCGUGGUUCGAUGGGCGACGUCAUCAAGGCGAGAUAUUUCGGCACCAUUGUCGUCUGUAAGCGUAUGCGUCGUGAACACAUCGUUGAGUCCACUGGUAGUCGGAAUCGGAAUGGAAACCGAUACGCGUCUAAUGGAGACAGCGCGUUGGCGAGCUUCCGCGAUGAGAUCGAGCUCAUGUCGUGCUUGAGGCACCCGAACAUUGUGCAGUUUAUCGGUGCGAGUUGGGACAAUGCAUCGAACUUGUGCAUCGUGAUGGAAUAUCUAGAGAAUGGAGAUAUGCACAGUGUGCUGCACUCGGGGCUGGGCAAGAACUUUACGUGGGCGGAUCCUCUACUGAAGAUGGCGGUGGAUGCUGUACAAGGAAUGCUCUAUCUUCACUCGCAGGAGCGGCCAGUAGUGCAUCGAGACCUGAAAAGUGUCAACAUUCUUUGUUCGGCUACAUUCGGCUGUAAAGUGGGGGACUUUGGACUCAGUCGCAGAUACAAAAAGGAUGUCGACGCUCUCACUACGCUGGUGGGUACUCCGUUCUGGCUCGCUCCAGAAAUCAUCCGAAGCGAACGAUAUGGUCCCGAGGCGGACGUCUAUUCCUUCGGUAUUGUUCUCACUGAACUUGAAACGCGACGUACUCCGUAUCAUGACUUGGAGGAGACGGGACUGAAAGUGCUGAUGCGUGUGGCUCACAAAGGGUUACGACCUUCAUUGCCUUCUAGUUGCCUCCCUGAACGACGUAAACUUAUCCAAGACUGUCUUCGUGACACUCCUGUCCGCCGACCAACGUUUGCUCAAGUUUUGUCUCGCUUGCAAGGUCCUGUACUUCUCGAGAUCGAAGGUCACGUUGCAGCUCAACCGGAACUUGAACGCCGCGUACUACUGCGUCGAUACCAGGAACGUCGAAGUCUCUAAAGUAAACUAAUGACAAUUUUGAACAACACGAAAUUGUUUAUUGGAAACGCUGGAAUUCCUGACUUUGAAGCUCAAUGGGGACUUCGUAUUUCAUGUCGUGGGUUUCUUGAUGAAGCUCACGGGCAUCUGAUGCGACCAUUUCAGCCACGAGUUCUCGGAAUCGAACAGUUGGCGUCCAGCCAAGUUCGCGGUGAGCUUUCGACGCGUUGCCGCACAGUAGAUCAACCUCUGUUGGGCGGAAAUACACCGGGUCAACACGCACUACCACACGAUCUACGUCUGGUUCAUCAUCUUUAACGAUGACUCCGACUUCGUCCUUGGAGCCUCGAACACCCUUCCACGUGAUCGUUAAGCCUACGUGGGCGAACGCGAGCUCUACAAACUCACGCACACUAUGACACUCUCCAGUGGCAACCACGAAAUCCUCGGGAGUGUCGUGCUGUAGCAUUCGCCACAUACAUUCCACGUAGUCUCGAGCGUGGCCCCAGUCGCGCUGGGCGUCGAGGUUGCCUAUAAACAGGCAGCUCUCGAUUCCAGCGUGAAUACGCACCACGGCUCGAGUGAUUUUACGCGUGACAAAAGUUGGUCCGCGUCGAGGACUCUCGUGGUUGAAUAGAAUCCCGUUAACGGCGUACAUACCAUAAGCUUCGCGAUGGUUAACUACACUCCAAUAGGCAAAUUGCUUUGCCACCCCAUAGGGUGAACGUGGAUGGAAUGGUGUGUUCUCAUCCUGUGGUGUGGCUUGUACUUUACCAUAUAACUCGCUUGUAGACGCUUGGUAGAAUCUCGUGGAAUGCUCGAGGCCACAUGUUCGCAAGCUUGUGAGCAGGCGGAGAGCGCCUAAAGCGUCGACAUCCGC